AUGAGGAUUGACCUAUGGCAUGCCUCGCAUCUCGUUAUCAUCAAGAUGAAUCCAACACCUUCUGUUGAAUUUGUUCCGUCUGCUCAUGACAACGUUGUGUUAACACGGGAUCAUUACACCAGCUCAGUACAGAACCCUCCUGCCUAUGAUCCAGAGGCAGGAGGCUUGCAGCAUAGACUAGGGGACCUUAGGGUCGACGACAGGAAGAUAGUCCAGCUCCCAGGCGAGAUACUCGAAAAGAUAUUCCUAUCUUUGCACCCAGGAUCUCUCGCUAGAUGUGCCGCAGCUGGUUCAUCGCUUUAUCAUGCAGCCAUCCGCAUCCUCUAUCGUUAUGCUGUCUUCAACGAUACCACCCGGAGCUUACCCAACCUGAUCAGCUUCCUGCGCGUAAUCCGGGACAAUCCGUCCUUGGCUUCACAACUUCGCUCUCUCGAGAUCCACUACGAGCGUCCCAGCCAACCUCAAUGGUUGGCUGCGAUGGCGACUCUACUCCAGGCCGUGUUCCACUGCACCUCAAACCUCACGUCUCUGGCGCUUCUCCUUCCUGGCUGCCCGGGACGCGUGCUUACCAACGUCUCUUUCAAGCUCGUGGAAUUUGCGACCUCGAUCGAAUGGGAUUCUGCACUUGCCGGAUUCCUCGCCUCUCAAUCCACCAUUCGCACCAUUACAUUCGGGGCCCCUUCAGGUGUGAUGGCGAAUCGGGCAUUCACCCUUGAACGCUUCGCACGGAACCAGAUUGACGUGACCUCUCUCCCUCACUUGGAGAAGGUCUCCGCCACGCCCCUAAUUCUCUCGCGCGUCGUCCCCAAGCGCCCUGUAUCACGAGUGGAGAUCAUGUUCGACCCGUGGAUGUUCACUCAUGAUAUCCUUUCCUCUACGUGCAAGAUACUCGCCUUCUCUUCCGGGCCAUUGAAAUCACUGGCGGUGACCGGACACGUUCCCCAUCGCCAAUUGGCUCAGGAGACGCUGAAUAUACUCGCUGCCGUGCCUGCGACCCUCCCCGAUAUAGAAGUGCUCGACGUCUGCGCGGUAACUGGGCCGAUCAAUCAGGACGUUCUGAUCGGCCUUCCGACCGUUAUAUCUCGCUUCAGCCGGCUUUUGGCUCUUGUCAUCGUGUCUCAAGACAAGGCGGACGCCGUACACGACCAUACCCUUACGUCGUCCAUUCUAUCGUCGUCCACACCAGGCUAUGGUGGUCCGGGCACGGAAAAACCUUCGCCCAUCAUCGAAACUGCUGCCCAGUUCAUCUCUCCUCCGCAGUUUCUCCCCCUGCUCACUCUCUAUUCCAACGCGCAGCCUUCGUUGAACUGUGUUUCAUUUGGGGACGUGACGUACGUCAAGACUAAGUCCCUUGGCUGGGUGCACAUUGCGGACCUGCAGCGCGUGGUGCGGACGCGGAAAGAGAUCAUCACGGCCAGGGAGCGCGAGCUGCAGUUCGUGAACAAGAGCCUGCAGGAGCUUGAAGCGCAGAGAACAACUUCAAGUCCAUGA